CCGCCGACCGUAUACGCCGUCUGGCCCGUGCUCACCGCGCCUCACUCCGCUACGAACUUAAACACGAUAGCGUCCGAAUAUCCUACCUUAAAUUCAAACUUUAACGAAUUAUUUACCGAUCGUUUCUUAGAUUUUAAACUUAUUUUUCGCGUUCUCGUAUAACAGUUAUCCACUUUAGUCAUAAUAACGAGGUACCGGGGAGACACCCUGACCGUCGGCAUUCGUUACACUGACGAUGAGGUCCGUCCGAGGGGUCCACGCAGCUUGCUAGCCAUGGGAACCCUUAUCAAAUUCCCUCUCACGAUCCGUUUCGAUAUAUUGAUCUCAUGAGACCGGCAUAGAUGAAGAUGAUACUGAAAAUAGGGAAACUGCCCUCGGGCGUGAGACUUGCGGAAAAGGAGAAGAAAGAGGCGAGCAAAGAGAAGAAGGAGGCGCGGCGGGAGGCCAAGAAAGCCGCAGAGAGGUGCGAAGAGCGCUGCCCGGCGGACCCGUGGGCUUACUGUGCGGUUCUGUGGUGUGCGUGCGCCAUGAGUCUGGUGUCCAGCGGCUACAGCCUGUACCGGCAGCAAGGGCUGCAGGCCCGGCUAUCGCUGCUGGAGGAGCAGCACGCCGCGCUGCGCAGCGCUGUGCUGGAGCCGUUGCAGCCCGCCGCCCGACUGCGGCGCGAUCUACGCACCCCGCGCCCGCACCGCUCGCGAAGCAUCGGCGACUAUGGUCAUUGCGGAUGUCCACCAGGCCCCCCCGGCCCUCCGGGCAAGCGCGGCAAGAAGGGCAAGAAAGGCGACCCCGGCGACCCUGGCCCUCCGGGUUUAAUGGGUGCUCCGGGGAAGAAUGGAUUUCCGGGGAGCAAAGGGGAGAAAGGCGAGCGAGGCUUUAUGGGACCGAUUGGACUGGACGGGCCUAAGGGAGACCCGGGCCGGCCGGGGGACAAAGGGCAGAAAGGCGAGCUGGGCAGUCCAGGUUUCGAUGUCUUCGCUGCGGUGAAGGGAGUGAAAAGAUCCGUGGACAACUAUAAGAUGAGUCCUUACACGACGGCGGAGAUCAUUGCCGUGAAGGGGCUGCAGGCGGCCGGCCACAACAUCUCCGCGCAUUCAGUCAUCCAGCUCAAGGGCGAGCCAGGAGAGCCGGGGCCACCGGGCCCGCCGGGUGCGACGGGCUCGAGCGGCAUGGCGGGCGCGGAGGGCCGCGCGGGCGCGCCGGGCGCGCCCGGCCCCCCAGGGCCCGUCGGCGCGCAAGGAGAGCCCGGCCCGCAGGGACCCCCCGGCCCGCAAGGCCCUCUGGGACACAAGGGAGACAAAGGCGACAAAGGCGAGCGCGGCUACACAACGACACUGAAAGGCGAUGCGUUCCCCACUGGCAUCAUCGAGGGACCACCCGGACCCCCCGGACCCCCCGGUGAGUCGGGCGCCGACGGGCCGCGCGGACCUCCCGGCGCCGACGGCCGGCCCGGCGCCACCGGCCUGCCCGGACCUCCUGGCAAGCCGGGCGAAAUGGGGCCGAAGGGUGUAAAGGGCGACUACGGCGAUAUGGGCUCGCCGGGUAUGCUGGGCGCCCCGGGUCUGCCCGGCCCGCCCGGCUACCCCGGCCUCAAAGGCGACAAGGGCGACAAAGGCGACUCGAAGUACAGGAAGCUGAGAAGAAGGCAGAAUUUGCAGGGAGACGGCACCGGCUACGAGCUGUACGGACAUGAAAUGAUGAUGGGUCCGCCGGGCGCGCCGGGCGUGCCGGGUGCGCCGGGGGUCGCGGGCCCGCCCGGCAUCAAGGGGGACAAGGGCGAGCCGGGAGCGCGCGGAAAGGCGGGCGAACGAGGUGAAAAGGGAGACGCAGGGCCGAUGGGACUACCGGGUCCCGUUGGGCUGCCGGGCGAGGCGGGCGCGCCGGGGGAGCCGGGCCCCGCCGGCGCCGCGGGCCCCCGGGGCCCGCCCGGACUCGACGGCAUGAAGGGGGCGCAGGGCGAGCCGGGUGGCAAGGGCGAGCGCGGCGACCCCGGUCUGCCCGGUACGGACGGCAUUCCCGGACAGGAGGGCCCGAAAGGCGAUAAGGGCUAUAAGGGAGAACCGGGCCCGGGCGGAAAGCGCGGCCGCAAGGGCGACAAGGGCGACCGCGGCGAGCAGGGCGUGCCCGGCCUCGACGCGCCUUGUCCUCUCGGCCCCGACGGCCUGCCGCUGCCCGGCUGCGGCUGGCGCCCCGCCAAGGUGUGGGAGCCGCGGCUGGAAGGCGCCGGGAGCGCGUCCGGGCGCGGGGAAAGCGUCGAGCCGGAGCCGGACGACGGCGAGCCGGAGCCCGAACCGGAGGAGUACGAGGUGCGCGAGGACGAGCUGGACGCGCCGCGGGACUACGACGACUACACCGACAAUGCGCACCACGACCCGCGCCGAGACUGAGCGCAGGACGCCAUGCUGCAGUGGGUGCGGCGCCGACUGCUGCUGCCCGACGACAAGGACGUGCGCCCGUGAGGCGCCGCCCGCAGCCCCUCAGCCCCGCAGCCCUGUUUCGCUGCCAUCGAAUCCACAUCGACUGAUAAUAAACCGCGACUUUGUUUUGACACUUUUGUCCAUAUUUGUAAUGUUUAAUUAAUGUAAAUAAAUGUUGACUAAAUGUUGAUCAAACAAAUUUGACAACGAAGGAAUAUUUGACAGGGAUGCGGGGGAGGCACACUUCUCUCCUUGACCCGACAAAAAGAUAAUACGAACGGAUAAUAAAUUGACCAUAAGACAAUGUCACACUCACUCGCUCCAUCUUUCGAAUCCAAAAACAAUAGUUUACAAAGCAACAAACAAACGUCACUUAAGAGCUUAGCACUUAAAUGCAUUGCACUAAUUCGUAAAGAAUAAACCAUAACUUGUAUUUAGUGAUGUUUCUUGUUGAUAUGAAAUAUAUGUAAGUAGCAGGACAUAGUUUUGUUCUUUGCGGGAUAAUUAUUCUGUUAGUGGAAUAUCACGGACGAAGACGAAGACGAGUGUAUAAUGCCAUCAAAUAAAAAUAACUGCCAAUGAGAAUUGUCAGAACAACUUAUACAUAAAUAUGUUAUUAUGUAACUUACAUUAUUUAAUGUUUUUGUAAAAUAAUGUUAAUAUAAAUAAUACGGUCACUGUAAGUAAAAAACCUUCGUACAAAUUAAUGUGAACACUAA